AAUUCACUGUCAGACAGAUGACAGAUACUUAAUACAAAUAGAUACUUAUUAUUUUUAAAGUAAAUUAGAAGAAAUGUCGGAAAAAGACGAGGAAACAGUACCACAAAAAUUUUUAGUAGUCGGUAUAGUUACCAGUGAAGAUUUUCAAAAAUGUCGAUUUGCUGUUACAAAACUUUACAACAGUUUUCCAAAGGAAUUUGAAUCUCCUGAAAUCAGGCCAAUGUUGGAUGUGGAAUGGAAUGAUUUUAUUAAAAAGCAACAAAGGCGUUUGGGAAAUGGCUUAUGGGCCGUCAAAAAUUGUGUUGCAAUGUUCAUUAAUAAUCAGUUUCUGGGAGACUUUGAUGAUCUGUUUAGAUUCAUUUGGAAAAAAUGGAGAUUUGUAUUUAACCAAGAUUGGUCUGUCCUAGCUACCAACCACCUGGUGGCAUACUUAGAAGAAAAAGCGGAAAAUUAUAGGCAAUUUGUUUAUUUAACUAUCGCCAUUAAUAAACAAGUCAUAGGGUCGUUGCUGUUCGAACUUUACAAUGAUUUAGUGCCACUGACAUGCGAAAAUUUUCUAAAUCGAUGUAAUGAUGACGAAAAUGGAUACCUUGGUGCUCCUGUACAUAGAAUAGUUUUAAGAUCUUGGAUUCAGUGCGGUGGCUAUGACCUAACACCUAAAAAAAAAUCUUGUGAAAAUUAUGUAGUGCCACACGAUAGAAGAGGAGUUUUAUCAAUGUGUAAUAACGGACGACAUAAGGAUAACAGCACUCAAUUUUUUAUAAGCUUGGGCAAUACACCUUGGAUGGAUUACAAAUAUGUUGCUUUUGGACAACUGAUACAAGGUGACGAUGUUUUAAAAGAAAUUGAAAAGGUUCCUACUUAUUACCAAGCUCCCACUAAAGAUAUUAUGAUAGUGAAAUGUGGAGAAUUCAAAACGAGAUUCGCUUCAGUCCCAGAACACUCUCUUCUGCGUAUGAAACUACCCGAAGAAAUAAAGGAACCGAUGAAUAUUUUGAGUUAUAUUAAAAAGUAUCAUGAGGUGAUUGGUCCAGAGUCUGAUAAUAUUGUACCCGGUCCUGCUCCUUUGCCGAUUUUAAGGUUAUCCUGCGAGACUCUUUGGUCUAAGAGAAAACUGCUAGCUGGAGGUUAUACUUUAUCAAAGGAUUUGAUAAGUUACUGGCCAUUUAAGCAUUUGCCGCCAGAUGAUAGCGAUGAAGGCUUGGAAGACUACAAUAUAUGUGAACCGACCUUUAAAAACAUUGUUUACAGUAAAAAUAUGUGUUACCCCGAUGAUACAGAUUCAACAAUUUCUAAUAUAACAAUAUAAAUGUAAUAGUUUUACAAUCUAUAAUAAAAAAAUAAAAA